AUGAAUAACAUUCAUCAAAAAAUCACCAUUCAACAAUCUGAUCUACAAGAAUAAAUGUAUUCCUAUAACCCACUUCUAGCUAAAUCUUAUACCAUCAUCAAAAGACUUGCGAAAAAUAAGGAAAAUACUUAGAGGCAGAUCUAGCCAAAACAAAAUUGAAUGAAUUGACAAAAAUCUUUGAUCUCUAAUAAAAACACGAGGUUGUUGAUAGACAUUCAGAUGAAAAGCAACAAAUCGACAAAGCUCAUUUUGACGAAUUUAAUCAAUUUAACUUGUUUUGGGAUGAGAAAUUUAAGUAAUUCGAUUUUGAAACUAAAUCUGCUAAGGAUGAGAUAUUAACUAGACAUGAAUUAGAAUUGAAUUCAUUUCUUGAAGAACUAGAUAAUACAAUUCCAUUAAAACCCAAGGAUUCUGCGUAAUUGUUAAAAUUGAAGAAGACCGAAGAACAAUUAGCAAAGUUAGAAAAGUAAUCAGCACCUAAAUCAUUUAAGUUAUAAAGAAGCUCAUAUGAUCUAAUAGAGGAUAUUGAAUUUAGAAAAGGAAGAAUUUGAUAAAUGGAAUCAUACUAGAUAGAACAAAAUCAGGAAUUUGAUCUAACAAUUAAGGUAGAAAUAAAUUAUAGAAUUGAAUGCUUUGUAAUAACGCAUUCUCUCAGUACAAGAAGAAUUAAGCAAAAACAAAUCAUUAGAACUCUAAAAGUAUUAUAAAAAUAAUAAUUAUAUAGAAUGUUAUCAAAAUAUUAACAUGUUAGAAAAGAAUUAGAGAAUUAACAAAAUCAAGAAAUCAAUAGACUUGAAAAAUCUAUUAAAAAUCAAUCGAUCUUGUCUAAAAUGAAUUCUUAAAUGAAAAAACCAUAAGAUGAAAAUUACAAUCUCAAAUGA